AUGCCGCUUGAACCUCAAGGACCAUAUUACUAUUUCACUGCAGAGCCAUUCACACUAGACACCGCUGCCCAAGGAAAAGUUGAAGCUGGAGAAUCCUCCGUGCCAAUUGGCAAGAAUUUGCUAAAAAGGUUGGAUCGAUUUGAUGAAUUCAUCAGGAAGAAUCAAGGUUUAAGCAAACAAGGAGGUUUGGAUUAUAAUGAGUUGUGCCUAUUUCCUGAUAUGCAACUGCCUGUGGGUUUUAAAGCACCCAAAUUCAGCAAGUAUGACAGAACGGGCAAUUCCAAGACACACAUUCAAAUGUUUGUAAACAAACUAGAGAAGCCGAUAGAUGAUGAGAAUCUACCUGUGCGCAUAUUCCCUAAAAGUCUAGAAGGCGAUGCACUAGAUUGGACCACGCUUGAGAGGACUAAAAACAAGCCAUCUGAGGAUCACAAGACAUAUGCGAAGAAAUGGAGAAAAUUGGCUGUCAAGGUGGUGCCUCCCAUGACUGAAGAAGAAAUUGUUCGUACAUUCAUCAAAGUUCAUGACCCGCCCUAUUUUGAGGAGAUUUUUUAUAUGAUCGAGUGUUCCUUUGCAGAAAUUAUUAAUAAAUUGGAAGAGUAUGAUGAGUUUGUGAGAGCAGGAAAGAUUGUUAAUUUGUCAGUUUUGAAAUCGCAAUUGGAAGCUAUGCAAAAUCAGGGCAGCAGUAGUAAGAAGUCUCAGUUCAAGAAGAAAGAGGAGGAAACAUCAUUUGUCUGGAAACAAAGCCCUUCUUUCCAACUUAGAUACCAACAAUACCCCACCUACUCACCCCGUUACCCAUACCAAUCAUGCCCUCGACCUGUUUACCAUACCACCAUCAACCAUCCUCGAUUUCGACCAAAUUACCCAAACACACCCCCAAGACCAUUUCACAUUUACCCACCUAAUUUUCAGAUUAGACCUCGCCUUCCUUAUAACCCAAGACCUACUUCACCCGUCAACCCGACUUAUCACUAUCAACAGACCAAUGACACCCAAAAUCGAACCCCAUACCGAACCUUCACCAAUUUAUGUCUCCCCGUUGAUCAAUUAUAUGAACAGCUCAAAGCCACGGGGAAAAUUGGUACGGUACCUCCUAAAACCUAUUCUAAAGGAUUUCCACUUGGUUAUGAUCCUCAAGCCUUUUGCGCUUAUCAUUCGGGAGCACCUGGACAUUCAACUGCCAAUUGUUGGGCACUUAAACACAAAAUUCAAGACAUGAUUGAAGCUGGAGACAUAAUUAUGAGAAAGAGAGAUGAACAAGGGCCAAGUGUUAGUAAGAAUCCUCUUCCUACGCACAAGGAUACCGUUGGAGCUAUUACCAUAGAUGAGAAGAUCGAAGAACCAACGCAGUACAUUGAAGAUGAAGCUGAGAUAAUAGGGGUCACUGGAGAACCAUUUAUACUGGAGGAGGAAGCCUACGAAGUCAAGAAAAAUCCUGAUCUCUUAAUUCUGGAUAUGAUACCUUUUGAAUGUGAACCGUUAGAGCUUAUAAUGCUUGAAUUGCCUGAGCAAGCUCCUGUUUUUAAUCGACAAGAAGUUCCAUGGAAUUACAGCGAGCCGACGAUAUUGAUUGGAAGAGAAGAAGCGCCCAAGAAGGAGGUAGCCGCCAUCACUAGAUCUGGAAGAAUCAUAGGUGCACCCACAGUUGAUGAACCCUCAAAAUCAAAGGAAAAAGCCGCGCCAACAAGACCAACUGUUACCGAAGAAGAGGCAUUCAAUUUUCUUAGGAUGUUGAAGAAGAACGAGUAUAAAGUGAUCGAGCAAUUGGACAAAAAGCCCGCUCAAAUUUCCAUGUUGAAUCUGCUCUUAACCUCAGAAUUGCAUAGAGAGGCUUUGCUCAAGGUGCUAACUGAGGCUCAAGUGCCUAAGAAUAUUCCGGUUGACAAAUUCACCCAUGUAGUUGAGCAUAUUUUGGCUUCAAAUCAGAUUUCUUUUUCUGAAGAAGAUUUAACUACUGAGGGGAUUGGACACAACAAGGCACUGUAUAUCUCAGUCCGUUGUAAUGGGAAGUUAUUGCCGAGAGUUCUGAUAGACAAUGGAUCUGCUUUAAACAUCUGUCCAUGGAAUACCUUGGUUAAGUUGGGAUUUCAAGAAGCUAAACUUCACCCGUCUGCAACCGUUAUGAGAGGAUUUGAUGGCGCGAAAAGAGAAUCAAUGGGGGAAGUGGAUUUAGUGCUAGAAAUCGGACCUGCACAGUUCCAAGUCAUAUGCCAAGUUAUGGAUUUCUCGAGUGUUUAUAAUAUUCUACUUGGACGACCUUGGAUUCAUACUUCGGGUGUGAUACCAUCUUCGCUCCAUCAGAUGUUGAGGUUUGUGGUAAAUGGACAGUUGAUCACGGUGUUUGCAGAGGAUGAUUGCACCAUGAUCGUCAAUCCCGCAUUGGAAGAGGGCGGUGAUAGAAAAGCUCUGGUUUCUCCUUACCAUGUGGCUGACAUCGUUUUAGUAGGUUGGGUAUUUAAGGACAAGGCGGUGGUGGGAAUGAAUCUACCAGAUGCUAGCGUUAUGAUGGGCAAGGAGAUGAUUCAAGGAGGAUACGAGAUAGGCAAGGGCCUCGAGCGUAACCUGCAAGGAGUUCUAGAACCAAUAGAGCUUCAAGGAAAGAAGGACACCUUUGGAUUAGGGUUUUAA